UGCGGAAUUCAAGAAGCCAAUUACAUGGGGCUCUCGCCGGUCCUUCUUACAAAAGGGAGAAUCUGAUGCGCUAAUCGCUAAUCUCAACUUCCCCGCUUAACCUGGCAAACCGAUCAAUUAAUGUGUCCGCCAAUUAGAGCGGGGAAGCCCACCGAUGUCCAAUUGACACCGUGCGUUCCAAAUGCUGUCCGUAUGUACACGUUGGAUGACCGGACCAUAUUAGAAAUGCACACAGGCCGAUGAGCUCCCAGCUGUGCGCCCACAGCAGUACAAACAGUCGGAGAACACCCCGAGGUCCGGACGUGAGCACAGCUCCCUCCUCACAACCAGCAUGCAACAGGGCAGCAACUUCUCCAUAGCCUCUCUCAUCGAGAACGGCAAGCGGGACGCCAAGUCACCUUCUGCGGGAGACCAUGACAUGGACGCCGAGGACGAUGUCUGUGACGAUUCGGUACCCAAGGACUCGAACCUCGGCGAUGUCAAAGAGUCAACUUCACAAAAGGACCCUUCUAGUCCCCUAGCAGGUACUGAUAUGGGCAAGACUGACACUGACUAUCCGAAUACGACUUCCAAACCAACCAUAUCUACACAGAAUUGUAUAAAUCCGAAGAACACGAGCAAUAGUUGCAGCGGAACGAACGAUUCCCAGGGCGGAGCUCCAUCGGGAGAGGGUACCAAGAAACCUGCGAUCUGGCACCCGUGGAUUGACACGCCGGAGAGGGAGGAAGAUGAGGAUGAAGAAGAGGACGAAGAGUCAGGAGAGGUAGUCAUUGACGACAGGGAUGGAGAAAGUAAAGGAGAAAUCGAUGAGCCUGCGGGUGAUGACGAGAAGCACGAGGCGGCAGAAGACGGAGAGCAGAAGAGCAAGGAAGCUGAGGCCGACCCCGAGAAGUGUGCCGCCAAUAGUUCGGCAACGAAAAACGGCAAGCGGAAACGCGGGUCUGGGGACCCGGGGCGGUCGGGCAAGCCGCGGCGGGCGCGCACAGCCUUCACGUACGAACAGCUGGUGGCGCUGGAGAACAAGUUCAAACAAACCCGCUACCUGUCCGUCUGCGAGAGGCUGAACUUGGCGCUGUCUCUCAGCCUGACCGAGACUCAGGUCAAGAUCUGGUUCCAGAACAGGAGAACCAAGUGGAAGAAACAGAACCCCGGGAUGGACGUGAACAGCCCCACCCUAACGUGCUCCUCCCCCACCCUUCCCCUCAGCCUCCCCGCGGGGUACCCCCACCACAACCCUUUCUACGCCUCUCACCUUCACUACCCCAUCACUACAGGCGCGGCUACCCUACCGUACAUGCUCAACUCACACGCGCUGAACGGCCAUCACUUAUAUCACCACAUCGGACAUGUAUGAACAUCAACCGCAACACGAGUUUGCUGCCGACAGGCAACUAUGGACAAUAAUACUCACUUGUACAGGAGGGAUAUGACAUCGUGUCACUUGUAAAUUUAACUAUGCUGAUAAUUCAAUUACACUCCAACUGUCUGCUGUUUUAAUUUUUCUGAAAAAUCAACACAUUUGUAAAUGUUGUUUGUUAUAGAUAAAAGAAAACAUGCCAAGAACGGUAGAUAUUUGAGACUAGACUCAAUGGAAUAUGGAUAGUUCUGACGUCGAUCCGAUUAUUGAAUACCAAAUGGUUCAGUGGAAGACUAUCAAAACGACAAGAGAGAGUACGCACCCUUUAGAUGGUGACGAAUACCGGUUGUAAAACACCUUUGUGGCGAUACAAAUGGGUAGAUUUCACGGUACUUCUGCGUUAUUGUAACGAUUGUACAGUGCACGGGGAGAACUCCAAGCGAAAUGAAGAAUCAGAGUCCGCGAACCGAAGCCAAAUUAAAUUAGCACAGAAAUUAGAUGAUUGCUUCGCUGGAGAUUCCCCGAUUGUGAAUUUGUAAAUAGGUACAAAUCAUUUAGCUCUACAUGAUAUGUACAAUGUACAUUUUAUCAGUAUCAUGUCAUUUUGCAUGACGGUUUGUGUGAUAUGAAAACUUCUUACAAGAAAUAAAGUAAUUUCAAGAACG